ACUUAUGUAAUUAAAAUGGUGUAUUUGUGACGGCACGUGAGAAUUAAAUUUAAAUAGUUUUUUAUACUUUUUCUAUUUAUCUGAAAGGUAUCCACAAGAAAUGUUAAAAUGUAUCGGUUAUUGAACGCGAGAUUGACGUGUUUGCGAAAAUUUUCGGGUGUGUCAUCUAGUUUUAGCAGUGAAAAUGUGAAUUUUAAGGUUAGGGAAGGAGGGUCCCUAAAUAAACAAUUUAACGGCUACUGCUUAGCAUGUAUUCGAAACCAGUCGGGCAUAACUAUACCCAACAUCACUCAGAAGAAAGGGCGAAAACGAUCAAAGUCGAAAAAAACGUACUACGAUUUACUAGUUGUGACUGACUCUAAAACAAAACAACAGAAAACCAACAUUAAGAAAUUGACGUGGAAUGACCUCAAGCUUUUAGCUACGACCAAUUUAAAUUUAAGCGAACUUUAUAAGUUGAAGGACUUAGCUAAGAAUAAUGAACAUGUUCAGGAACAUACUUAUAAUAAUUUGGCUGUGAUAGAUAGUGUAACUAGUGGGGAAAAUGACAUUUUGAAUGAAUCGUCGCAAGACGGCCGCACUGUUACAAUUGAUGAAAUACCCACUCAGAUAGAACCUCCCACUGUUACGUUACCGGUGGAGACUACCACUGACUUGCUUGACUCAAUCCCUAAAGUAGAUUCGCUCCAACCAGAGGUUAUCGAUGAACUACAUGAUGGUGAAGCAGAGUUUGAGUUAGAAGUUGCUGAAGGGGUUGGUGGUGAAGUAGGAAGUGAUUUAAGCAAACAAGCUCGACAUGAAGUUGCAGUUAGAACGUUAGCGUCAUAUUUAGAAAUGUGUACUAAUUUAAAAAAUCCGUCGCGGGGUUUAAAUGCUUUAAUGUUUCACCAUCAGAGAGCAACAAAGGGAAAGGAUUCAUCGUUUGCUGUUAUUAAGAAUGUUAAAGUUUAUAACGCGAUUUUAAAAGGUUUUGCCGCUAAAGGUGACACUGUUCGACUAGAAGAAGUGAUAGCAAUGAUACGAAAGGAAAACAUUAAAUUAAAUAUACAGAGUUACGUUGCAAUUCUAGAAUGUUAUGGAAGGGCGAAUUUUCAGGACCAUUAUCUUAAACAAAUUAGGAUUUACGCGAAUGAAGCAGCCAGUAAUGGAUAUUCUUUCGACAAGAUAUUAAAUAAAGGUACUUUUCUUAACGACGAAAGAGAGAUUGUUAUAAAAACUAUGCAAAAAUGUGAUCCAAAUUAUGUUCCUAAAUAUUACAAGCCCAUGGUGCAAUAUAGAAAUGAAUUAGUGAAUGUUUUGAAUGAUUCAAGACAGUUCAGACCUCUUGAGUGUAAGCCAACAAGUAAAACUGGCAUUUUUACUACUAGCUUUAUGCAGUCAACAAUAAAAAAACAGUUAGACUUAGAGAAGGACGGUUAUCUCACAGUGAUGAGUGUUGAAAGUACAGGAAACGUUUCAAACGAAGUAAAAAAAUAUCGGGAAUUAAUGACAGAACAUGUAAAAAAUUGGGAGGAAACAGCCGCUAAAGCGUUCAACCGCGACUUAAGCGCUCUAGCCGCUCAGCGAAGUCCACUCAAUUAUGAGCCAUUCUUGAGGUCUAUUCCCGUCAAGGACUUUGUCACUAUAAUUGUUAGUGAAGCCAAACAACUUGCUGAAGGCUCAGAAACAUACAGUCCUACAGUGAAUCAGUUGCAUAAACAGUUAGGUCAUAAAGUAUACAGUAGAUAUAAAAUGCUACGCAAACAGAAAACUGGAGUUAUGGACAAAGUUGCCGCAAUCCAUACAAAAUACUGUGAUAAUUACUCAAAUCAGCAUGAAGAACUCGACGUUGUACCUACUAAAACUCAUUAUCAUAAUCCCCGUCAGCAGUGGCAGUGGAUUGAGUAUAAUAUGAAGAGUAGUGGGGCUACAUUAUCAAUGGACCAUCGUGCGUGGACGCCUACCACGCUUCAAACAAUAGGCAAAUUCCUCUACAGAAUCGUCAUGCACGAUUUGAAAGUGGACGUGAAUGUGAUGAAACUCAAUAGCAAACAUAAAAAUUAUCAUCCGGCUUUCUAUACGCUGUUCAGGACGCAGGGUCGCAUACUCAAAGAAGAGGUGAAACCGCAUCCGGUUUUGUCGCGUUUGAUCCGGGCUUCGAUGCCGGAGACUUUGACGUUUCCUGCUUAUGAUCUGCCAAUGUUUUGCCCACCAGUUCCGUGGACGUCUGUAGAUAAUGGGGGGUAUUUGGUGGUUCCGUGUGAUGUGGUUAGGUUGCCACCACAGGCCUCUUCUCAGAAGAGUAGAUUGUAUCAGUCUGAUCCGCAGCAGUUGUAUCCGCCUUUGGAUGCUUUAAAUCAGUUGGCCGCAGUUCCUUGGAAGGUGAACACACCUAUUUUUGAUGUGAUUUUAGAGGUCUUCAAGAAUGGUGGCUCUGCAAAGCUCGACGUCCCCGAACACCCAGCUUCUUUAUCCAAACCGCCUUCCCUCACUAACGAAAUGGACAAGACCGAAAAAUUCAAGAUUUUCCGCCAAAAACUACAAUAUCGUAGAAAAAAAGCGGAAAUGUACUCUCUCUGGUGCGACUGCCUGUACCGUCUAUCAUUAGCCAAUCACUACAGGAACGACAUUUUUUGGCUACCUCACAAUAUGGACUUUCGUGGUCGCGUCUACCCCAUACCUCCGCAUCUCAACCAUCUAGGUUCCGAUCUAGCACGAUCGAUGUUAGUUUUCGCCGAGUCGAGGCCCCUAGGACCCGAAGGUCUGAAUUGGCUUAAACUCCACCUGAUUAACUUAACAGGUUUGAAGAAACGAGACUCGAUUGACGAUCGAUUGGCAUUUGCCGACACGAUGAUGGACGACAUACUCGAUUCGGCUGAUAAUCCGCUCACUGGUAAACGGUGGUGGAUGGAAUCCGAAGAACCAUGGCAGACUUUGGCUUGCUGUAUGGAAAUAGCUAAUGCCGUCAGAUCCGAUAAUCCGGAAAAUUAUAGAUCUCAUUUUCCCGUGCACCAAGACGGUAGUUGUAAUGGUUUGCAACACUAUGCGGCUUUAGGAAGAGACAGUGCAGGGGCGUACAGCGUAAAUUUGUGUCCUUCUCAGGUGCCUCAAGAUGUCUACAGUGCUGUUGUGAUGCUAGUGGAACAACAGCGUUUAGUGGAUGCGGCCAACGGCAAUCAGGUUGCUAAAGCCCUUCAUGGUUUUGUGAAGCGUAAAGUUAUUAAACAGACCAUCAUGACCACCGUUUAUGGGGUGACAAGAUUUGGUGCCCGGUUGCAAAUAGCCAGACAAUUGAAGGAUAUAGAUGAGUUCCCCAAAGAUCUAGUUUGGGCCGCGUCUUCCUAUUUGACUGGACGCACUUUUGAUUCCUUGAGGUCUAUGUUUACGUCGACAAGAGAAAUUCAAGACUGGUUUACGGAAUGUGCUCGAUUAAUUUCGUCUAGUGGGCAACAUGUAGAAUGGGUGACACCAAUGGGUUUGCCUAUUGUACAACCAUACAUUAAGUACAAGCAUUUGGGGAGCUCGAUGGUUUAUAAGCCAUAUCAUAUGGAUCAAUUUGAAAAACCAAAUGUGAUGAAGCAAAAAAAUGCUUUUCCUCCUAAUUUCAUACAUUCGUUGGAUUCUAGUCAUAUGAUGUUAACUUCUUUGUAUUGCGAGCGAGCAGGAGUUACUUUUGUUUCUGUGCACGACUGUUAUUGGACGCACCCUUCUACUGUACAUAUAAUGAAUAAGAUUUGUAGGGAACAGUUCGUGGCACUACACUCGUUGCCAAUUUUGGAAAAUCUGUCUGUAUUAUUAACGGAAAAAUACAGCUUUGGCAAAAAUGAUUUUGUGGGAGAUGGAUCCGUGACUGAUUUAACGAAGAAUAAAUUAAAUAAAGUUUUAAGAAAACUUCCGGCAACGGGUGAUUUCGACAUCAAUCAGGUUUUAAAUUCUAUAUACUUUUUUAGUUAAAUGUAAGAAAUAAAGUAAUAUUUAUUAACAAAAA